AUGGCUCGUGGAGACUCGACACCGCCCGAAUCACCCCUUUCCUCAAUGGACAACAGCGAUGCCUCUGAAGAGGAGGUUCACGAUUACGAGGAUGAAUCCCUCCUCCGCCCUUCGAAGCGCCAGAAGCUGGGAGCCGCUUCAACGACAUCUCCCGCGGUGGUCGCGGAACCCGAACAAGAAGCUGUACCUGAGCCGGAUCCCUUGGAAGGCAUGUCGGAUGUCUCAUCAGACACCUCCGGCGACAUUCCCAGCUCCCCAAUCAACGCCAAACUUGACGAGGAAGACUUCCAAGAGCAGGUCACUUCGUGUGCCUGGGAAGGCUGCGACGCGGGCGAUUUUGGCAAUAUGGAUAAGUUGGUGGAGCACAUUCACAGCGAUCACAUCGAAAGCCGGCAGAAGAAAUACACAUGCGAAUGGACUGGAUGCAGUAGGAAGAGUAUGGGGCACGCCAGUGGUUACGCCUUGAAAGCCCACAUGCGCAGCCAUACUAGGGAGAAGCCCUUCUACUGCUACUUACCAGAAUGCGAUAGAUCGUUCACGAGAUCUGAUGCACUAGCCAAGCACAUGCGGACCGUCCACGAGACAGAGGCCUUGCGUCCCUCCGACCCUGUCCCCAAAUCUAUGCAAUCGGGCCCUACAGGAAAGGGGAAGCUCAAGAUCAUCAUCAAGACUCCUCAGUCACACGCCGCGGGACAGGAUGAUGCCAUCGAUGAUGGGGCAGACGACGACGAGCUCUCUGCCGACCUCUUCACUCCCUUGACUGAAGAUCACGGCUUUACUUCCGAGGAGCUCAAGAUACCGCUCGAGAGGCUGUACAAGCUCUGCAGAUUCCAAGUCAAGUGGGCGCAAGAGGAGUCGGUCAAGCUGGCGGAAGAAGUCAAGUAUUGGGAAAAGCAGUACAAGGACCUCUGGCGCGAGAAGGAGGUUCUCUUUUCCCAGGUUGUGAAGAGUGAGGUCGACUGGCACGAACGUAGACAAGCAGUACUCUCUGGUGCAGCUGACGUCCAGCUCUCGGGCGUAUUGGAGAGCCAAGAGGGCAACCAAACAGCCACCAACGGAGAGGACGCAGACUCCCAACCACCUUCCAAGGCCGAAGCGACUCUGGCAAACGGAGCCAGCUCCACCGAAGUUGCCGCAGCUAGUUAG